AUGGCUCCAUGGUCACUGGUAACUCCAGCCAGUCGAGGGAUUGGUUUCCACUUGACUCGACACCUCCUUCGAACAACACCGUUGGCAGUUGUAGCGACCGCAAGGAAAGAUCCCAGAGGUCUCAAGAAGGAGUUAUUGAACGACUUGAAGGAUGUAGACGAGAAAAGAUUGACUAUAUUAGAACUAGAUGUCACAGAUGAAAACACAGUUCAGACUGCAGCAGAAGAAGCCAAAAAGAUCCACCCGGUCAAUGAUCACCACUUACACUUGGCCUUCUGUAUACCUGGGAUUUUAUAUCCGGAGAAAUCGCCAUCACAGUUGCAACAUGAUGAACUUACCAAAACAUUCGCUGUCAAUACUAUCGGGCCAAUGUUAAUAGCAAAGCAUUUCUCGCCCUUCCUACCCCGAAAGUCUUCUCAAACCCCUCUAAUAUCUUCAUCUGACUCUUGGCUGCCUCAACAUGCCGUGUGGCUGAAUAUGUCGGCACGGGUAGGGUCAACCACGGACAAUGCUCUUGGAGGCUGGUACAGCUACCGUGCUUCGAAAGCGGCGGUCAACUCGCUCACCAAAAGUUUCGAUAUCUUUGUCAAGGGAAAGAGCGGCGACAAUGCAAUGGCGAUGAGCUAUCAUCCCGGUACGGUGAAGACAGGGCUGAGCAAGGAAUUCUGGGGAAAGGUUGCCAAAGAAAAAUUGUUUGAACCUAAGUUCGCAAUCGAAAGAAUGUGUCAUGUGGUGGGUAGUGUUGGUCUCGCAGGAAGGGGAAGAUGUUGGGAUUGGAAGGGUACUGAAGUUCCACCUUGA